AUGGGCAGAACGCAACCAUCUGUUGGACAACCACCGGCGGCCUUCCGCAAGGCCGCCCGAGCCAAAAAGGCCAAGGCCACCCUCAAUCAACUCAUUCCAUCGCUACUCCCCACGCACCCGCGAGCCCGUCGUGGAAUCGACUCCGCUGAGCUUAUCCUCGAGCCGAAGCCAGCGGCCAAGGAGUCUUUCUCCUCCACGCCAGAAGGCGCUGAUGCCCCACAAAGCAGUGCGCCGGUCCUUAUCAGACUUCAAGUAGCCGACACCCUCACAGCCGCUCACGCGUUGGUGACUGAGAACUCGGGCCCGGAUCGUCCGGUCGAUGUAAGCAACAAGGAGACACGGGUUGCAAUUCUCAACAUGGCUUCGCCUCUCACGCCCGGUGGUGGCUUCGUUAAUGGGGCCGGCAGCCAGGAAGAGUCGCUGUGCAUGCGGACGACGCUGCUACCAUCUCUCAAAGACGAGUACUAUCGUCUGCCGGAGCUCGGCGCUGUUUACACACCAGAUGUAUUGGUUUUCCGAGAUGAAGAUUCGGACGACGUGUUGGACAAGAAAGACCGGUGGUUCGUGGACUGCAUCAGCGCUGCUAUGCUGCGGAAUCCGGAAAUUGAACGAGACGAGGAGUCCGGGUUCAGCUACUACGUGCAGGAAAAGGACAGACAACUCAUUCUGGAAAAAAUGAAGGUUGUGCUGCGGAUAUGCCAGCGCAGAGGCAUUAAGAAGAUCGUGCUCGGUGCGUGGGGAUGUGGCGCAUAUGGAAACCCAGUUGCCGAAGUGGCCAAGGCGUGGAAGAAGGCGCUGCUGCCAAGGAACGACGGAAAGGGUAAAAAAAAGGGGAACAGAGAGACGUGGAGCGGAAUCGAAGAAGUUAUCUUCGCAAUCAAGGACGCUGGGAUGGCUGACGCCUUUGAAGAGGCUUUCGGAAAGGGCAUUCAGAGGGAAGAGGCAGCCGAGGUGGAUGAAUCCGACGAGGAAGUUGAUGUGGCUCAAAAGAAUAAGGCGGAGCUUCAAGCAAGAAUUGCCGAGUUGAAGCAGCGCAUCGAUUCGACGCCAAACCCGCAGCUAAAGACCGGUCUCAACAUAGUUCUCGCUGGAUUGAUGAGCCAACUACCUCCUGAUUCGGGAGAAGACACUAACAUGGAUAAAGAGGACGGAGAAGAGGAAGCAGAGGAUGACAGCGACUAUGACGACACAGAUUCCGAGCAAUCAGAAACAUUGGCAUGA